AUGAGAAAAGCAUCAGUGGAGUCAAUCAUUGACGACAUUGAGCAGCUUUUAAAGAUUCCCUCUUUUAUUGAGAAUUCCAAAUCUCCUCCCCAAGUUAUCUCAGCUCUUUCUAAUGACCCUAUCAUUCUCUCCUGCGGCUGUCUGAUCUCAGAAAAGUUAGAGGAACAACUUAUAGGAGAGAAACCUUGUUUUAGAUGCCCCACUUGUGGAAAUCCUGAAUCGAAAAAACUAAGACGGUGUGCUCUCCUGAAAUCUGUUAUUGAUUAUAUUUCGCGGUUCAGGUCUGACACUGAUUUUGGGGAGCAGAUCAAGGAGGAAGCAAAUGCCGACUUUGAUGACAAUGAUAAUGAAACUGGUAAAACUCUUCUAUCAGCAUUCAAUGAGGUUUUAGGUGAAAUAGAGAAACCAUUGACAAGACAUAGUUUUCAACCAUUGGAUGACCAACCAAAGACCAUCAACGAUUGCCCACCGAUAUCACAAAAAAAUGAUGAUAGAAUCAAAAACUCCUCAAGCCUUUCAUUGCAAGCUCAAGAUACCGAGACAGUCACCACACAUGCACGACAGUCACAAGGCAGUCGCAAUUGCGCUCAAAGUUUUUACUCCUCAAAACCGCUGUCCGGUUUUGUAGGAUAUAAGGAAGAUCACACUAACGAUAACUUCAAGGAUAUGAAUAAAGAGCUCAUAUACGCAAAGAACUUUCCUCUUUAUCGCAAACUUUAUCAGCACCAUACCCAUCACUCGAAUCUUCCUUUCAAAACAAAGCUAUUCAUAAAUACUGAUUUCUCUCCCCAUCUCGAUAAAUUUGUGCUCUUGAGCGAAAAAAAAUGGGAGGUCUACCAUUUAUCAGUCAACCAUCCAGAAAGACCACCGUUGCUGCUAUGCUGUGGAAACAUCAACGGAGACUACGGAGAAACUUUUAGUACACUAAAGAAAGUUAAUGCUAAUGAGAUCAUGAUGAAUUCCAAUUUUGGUGAAAAUGCUAAAGAUUCACUAGACUCGCUGGCCAAUUGGGAGCAUUUAUUUUGCAAGAUAACGGAAGAUAUCCUGAUCAUUUCUGGAACACGUGGGUUUGUUCGCUUUUUUGACCUAAAAUAUAAAGGGAGGCCGCUAUAUACGUACCAAUGUCGCUUUCCUGUUAGAUGCAUUGAUGUUUCUUCUGAUGGAAACUACGCUAGCUUAGGUGUAACAGGUAAAGACAAGUUUACUGGAUUCGAACAGGCAUUCAUUAUUCUCUUGAAGCUUGAACUUUUGGAAAGCAAGUCGCAUAGUUUUUGUUCAAAUGGAGGUGAAAAAGCGAAUGCAGCUGGACACCUGGAUGACAAUUUAAGAUCAUUUGACUCCCACAAAUCGAUAGGGCUGAGAACCCUACAAAUCCAAUAUUAUCCUUUCACACUUCCAUAUAGGGAUCCCGUUUCUAUCUUGAAAUUUUCUCCAAAUUGCGAAUACUUGACUGUCGCGACCGCAUUGGAAUCAAGGUUCAUGAUCAUUAGUAUUAGGGAUCCCACAAGACCUGUAAUGGUGAUGAAGUCUCAAAGAAAAUUGGAUACUUCUCUGGAAAGUGAAGGAAUAACCGAUUUAAGUUUCUUCCCUGAUAACAGAUUGAUGACAUUAACUUCUGUCUCGUACAAUUCUGUGCCGAUAAUCAUUGAUACCAAGAUCACGUCUAUAUCUGGUCCUGAGGGAAUCGCGCAUCCGAAACUUCUUGCAAAAGUUGAGGAAGUCGGAAACACUAUACAUAAAUGUUGUGUGUCGCCCCGAGGGGACUCAGUUGCAUACCUUGAUCGCUCUGGAGCUGUUUACGUUAUGUCAACAUCAAAAAUUGAUGACAAUGACAACAAAAGGUUAGUUAUUGUCACCGAUGUCAGCAACUCCUACCAAGUGAAAGAGGCAGCUUCCUUAAGAUUCGAUAAAGAUGGCUACAAGCUUUAUAUCUUGGAUAGAAAAGGGCUCCUCACGAUUUCCGAUUUCACAGCGGGUACGAUGGAGGAUCCUUCGAUCACCAGAUGCAAAAUUAUUAUUUGA